AUGGAUUUCUAUCAUUAUCAACAACAACAGCAGCUUCUAUCUCACAUCACUGCUCACACAGCAUCCAGCAUCAAGAAACUAGAGACUAGAUUAGUGCAAUGGAACAGUUCGACCGAGAAAGAGGUAGAAUCAGACCUUGAUUUGAUUCAUUCCAUCCUCAAACAUGAUCGUGCAUGUGGCUCCUCCUAUUCCUCCGCUUGUGCAGCUCAAAUAUUUUACCCACAAUUAGCUCAAUUAGUGAUUGACCAAACUCACAAGAAAUCCAGGUUAUCAUAUUCAUUGUUGAUGUGUAUGAUUGAUCUUGCCAAGCAUGACUCGCUUACUACAUUACAAUCCAUGCAUUUCAUCUCUGUUGCGAUUCCCUUAUGGUCGCAUCACAAGAUUUACAUUUGCCGCAAAUCCAUGGAGCUAUGCUACCGUCUUGUAUCCCGUAUGCCAUCGAUAGAAGACGGCAUUGUCGAUAGAGUCAUCUCAUACACUGGCCAAUGCCGAAUGCAUAUGACUCGGCUCGAUGUAGAAAAGAUUAGAUCGCCCGACUAUACAGAAUUCUACUUUGAUGAUACACCCUCAGCCAUGGUUUGUGAUCGCAGCACUAUAAGAUGGCUCAUUCAAAUCAUCUUUGUCGUCUUGCUAAAGCAAAAUGUAGACAGCCUUGGACGUUUGAUAACAGAAAUCAAAGACUUGUGCAAGAGCAAUCACAUUUACGACUUGAAGGAAUUACUGUUUGACAUUUGUUGUGCCAAUGAUGAUGAUGCUGUUCAGCUCUUAGAUACCGUCCUGUCAAUAUACCAACAAUCACAACAACAAAAUGUAACAUUCCUGUCAACGAUAGGCAUAAACCCUCAUAGUGUCUUCCUCUAUUUCAUUCAACGGUGUGGAAAUACGCAUGAUAUCAUGGUGGAUUUGCUCUUGGAAAAUGAUUCAGAGUUCAUUGCCUAUUUCCAUCGGUACAUCAUCUAUGCCACUCAACACAUGAACUCAUUCAAAAAGACGAGCAGUGAUCUGGGCAACGACAUUGAUAUUAUACAAACGAUUAUUGCGAAUGUGUUGCUUGUAUUAGAAGGGGAUGGGUUUCCGUACAAUGCAAAACCAUUGAUUCGACGUCUGUCAGUCUUUGAAGAGAAGCUAUUUAAGGAUUGA